CCACCUUCGACGUUGCGCGCACAGAAACAAGCAGCAAAAGAGCAAGCAAGCAACCAUGGACGGACAAGACCAGCACUCUCCUUCUUCUUCCUCGGCCGCUUUCACGGCCAACAUCCUCCCUGCGAUGCCAUCAACCGUGAAGGUGUAUGUCGGGGACGAGGUGCGGCGCUGGCCGUGGAUGCAGCAGAUGUUUGACACGGCAUUCCUGCGCUACCGCAUCGAGGAGAGCUUCGAGGCCGCGCUCGGCGGCAAGGAGUGGCAGCUCAAGUGGAAGGACGAGGACGACGACAUGAUCACCAUCGGCGAUGCCGAGGACCUCCUCGUGGCUGUGCAGAGCGCACAGGACGACACGCUCCGCCUCUUUGUCACCACCACCACCACCACCAAGCAGCAGCAGCAGCAGCAGCAGCAGCAACAGCAGCCAGAGCGGUCGUGUGGGGGCCGCAAGUCCCGCGGCUGCCCGUUUGCAGCCACCCAGCGCGCUUCCCGCUGCUGCCCUCCGCCUCGUCCUCCUCAUGGCAAGAAUGGCAGCAGUGCCAACGCCAACGCCGACCACCCACUCGCGCCAUGGCUGGAAGGCCUGCAGGCCUUUGUCAAGGACACGCUUGGGGUUGAUGGCGUUGAUGUUGACGUCCUCGUGGAGCACCCGCUCCUGCAGCAGUUUGUGCGCGCUGGCAAGGAGCAGUGCAAGGCAGGCCAAGAUGGCUCGCCCUUCCCGUUUGCCUUCCCUUUUCCCUUCUGCGCGCCUGGCUUUGGCGGCGCCACCAAGUGCUGCCCUCGCCAGCGCUGCACGCCGACAACAACGACGACAGCACCAGAAAGCACGACGACAGCAACAGCAGCGACGACACCAGCAACAGCCACUUCUGCUCCCACCACGGAGCGGGCUUCGAAUGUGCCUGCAAGCAACCCGAAAACACCCACAAGCGCCACCAACAGCAGCGAGCAAGAGGAGCGCCAUGAGCAGGCUGCGCCAGAGGAGCGCGCUGCCACCGCCACCGCCGCCACUGCGGGUACUGCCACGCGGAAGCGCGGCGAUGCGCCCCUGAUCCAGGAUGUGCGCAAUGGCCAGUACCCGCCUGACAGCGAUGACGAUGACGACGAUGGCGAUGACGCUGGCGAAGCAGAUGGCCGUGGUGACGCGGUUGCUGGUGCUCGUGCUUCUGUGCCUCACGCCACCACGCACCACGCCUGCGCCGCUUCCCACAGCCAGGGUCAGGGCCGGUAUGAGCGGUUCCGCAGGCAGCGCCAGCAAGGUGACAAUGGCCAGCGUGACGGUGCAACGCGUGCAGCGCCAACAACGCCAGCGCAGACGGAUGCCUCUGCAACGGAUGCACGCGAAGCCAGCCAGCCGUUUGGGCCGUACACGGACCAGGUGUUUCAGCUGCUGAAGAUGGGGUUCAACGCCAACCCGCACCUCCUCCACGCCAUGCUCAAGCGCCACGAUGGUUCUCUCAACGCCGUCAUCUCCGAGAUUCUCGCCACACCGUGA